ACUUAUCGGGGCACUCGAAGAUUUUAUAAACUUUAUGCCGCCCAUAAGUUCAACAGAUGAGUUAAAAAUUUGCCCUCAGCCAUCAGAUCAGCCUGCACGCGAAUCGCCAGUUCUUCGUGGAAGGUCACGUGAAGCCCAAGAAGAUCCCUCUUCGAAUUUUUGUCCAAACGCGCGUGGUGCUUACGAGGAACCUUCUGGCCCCUAUGACGUUGACCAGGGAGCAACAGGAUGCGAAGAAAUGAUAGAACAACGGAUAGCAGGUUUACGUAAUUUGCCUUUACUUGAAGAUGAUCCGGUGUAUCAUCUCGGUCGAACUCUUAAUACAGACGAACACAUUAUACUCGAUGAAAUUCUUGAAGAUGAGAUACGUGAGUUACCACGAUAUCAGCCAUGGCCUCAUCCAAUGCCGCAGCUUAUCAUCAGCGAAACUGAAAUCUCCUAUCAUCCAAAUGCGGAAUGCCUGGAAAACGCCCCUGAACAGCAAAUGGCAUAUCUACAGAUGUCACCUGAUCAAAUUCCAAAGAAAGAAAGACGUACUGAAGACAAAUCGACGUUGGCUCAAGGUGAAAAUGUUUGUGCGCCUUGUCCAUCGAGAACGCCAAGCGAGCAGGAAUUAGAUAAACCAAACAUCUUCAAAAGUAUAGCUAAAAAAAUAGGCAUCACAAUGGAAAUUCUGUCUAAGUUGAUACAUGGACGACAAUCUUCUGCCACUGGUGGUACGACAGCUGAAUCAUCGUCACAAGCGAAUCAAUCUAAGCCGGAAGAUUCGAAAUCAUGUGGAAAUGUAUUUUCCAAGAAACCACAUGCAUCCUGUCCUAUAGCGAAAAAAAAGGGGCCUAAUAUACGGAAUUUGUACGCCGAGGAAGAACCUGAUGACGAUGUGGAGUUACCUGAAUCAUAUAAGGCAUGUGCGAAUGCAAAAAAAUGCGGUCGUAUUAAAUUUGAUAAAUUUGAUCACUGCGAUGAUGUUGCAGUGGCUACAGCGACCCGUCAAAUACAAAUUAAGGAAUUAGUAAUGGAUAAUUAUUGUCCUGGUGCUAUACAAGAAGCAGUUGAUGGUAAAGAAGACUUCAAUGCUGUCGCGUUCGAGCUGGCUAGAGUCUCGUGUGCAAUUGAUGAGAAAACUUGUACAAAUGCUCCAGCAGAAGAACCUCUUAGUAUUAUCGAAGCAUUUCUAAUGCGUAUCGACUUGGAACGUGAGGGAAUGAAAAAGGGAUUGAAAAAAGACGCAUCUGAGGAAGAAAUAAAGACCACAUUGCGAAAAUACUUCGAAAGCGAACAUAAUCCCACCGAUUUAAAUAGCUCUAUCAAUAGUUUAUUAAUGGCCGAAGCGUUAACGGAUGUUGCCAUAGCAAAGGCAAGCAAAACAGUCACCUUUGAAGCCGACGUACAAAAGUGGGCCAGCUCUGUUCCUGAUAAUCCAAACGUCAAACUAGUUUCAUAUACGGCCACUACGAACCCCGUAAUAUUAGAAGAAAGCCCACAACAACCGGAAACAGCAGCAAAAACGCCAGAUCCAUCGUAAAAAGGUUUUCAUACUAGUUUCAAAAUGAUUUUUUAUUUUGGCGCAACUAUCCACUAAAAUGAAGUUACACUUUAAUAAUUUCUAUAUUUAGAUUUAUGCAUAUGUAUGUACAUAUAUUUUUCUCUUCAAUAUUUCUAGUCUUAAUUAAUCUCUACCGAUUACACUCAGUAUUUUUCUGUUUUUCGGAUAAUAAAACAAAAUCAACUCUUGGAAUAAUUUAAUCGAUAUGUAUAUA